AUGGCCCAAAAUCUAGAAGCAGUAUCUCAAUCCACGCUUGAUCACUUCCAAGCAAUACCAUGGUGCUCGGUGCAAUUAUCAGACCCAUCAUUCCGCGUUGUCACAAUAUCCCGGACCAUGACACAACCGGGCGACGGCCACUCCUUGAUGGCGGAAACGUGGAACACAGACAAGACCAUCAAAGAUUUGCUGUCCUUGUACCGACCGUCUGACGAGUCCAUUGGACAGACUGGCGAGGUGCGCAGAUUCUAUACGUUCGGAACUGGCCUCAACGCCCAUCCCAACCUCUUACAUGGCGGGGUGGUUGCUACUCUUUUGGAUAGCACUCUGGGCAACAUUGUCUUGUUGGAAAUGCCAGAAAGACAAUCGACGUACACUGUCGGAUUGAACAUUACGUACAAAAAGCCGAUCAGGACGCCGUCAACCAUUCUGGCACGCUCGUGGAUAGUCAAGGUGGAUGGAAGAAAGACUUGGGUUCAUGGGACGCUGGAGGAUGGCAUGGGCCAGGUGUAUGCGAGUGCGGAGGGGGUGUGGGUGACUGUCAUGCCCAAGAUAUAA